UCUUCGCAGUCUACAGCAAGGUUUCCAGACGGUGAGGGACCAGCUUAGUACCUGGCGCGUUGGUCAUUCUUAGCAUCUGACUGGAGGAUUAUCAUGUCUUUUGGGGCGGAGGUCUCCAUCCACUAGGCGGCGCCGCCCACCCCUCACUCCCCCCCAAGAAAUCGAUAUCGAGUUGAUGCUGCUUGGGUCGCCACGCUCACGCAUCGCUUGGAAGGGGGUACAUUCUGGCUGUAUGUAUCAAGGGAGGUUGGAGUCGUCGUAACAGUAGCGCUGUAGCUAUCCGUAGAAAGUGACAGUUCACCGAGCACCAGGCAACACCCCCCAGGCGAGCUGCCCCAGGGCAUUUAUUAGUGACUGGGAGCCCAUCCCACCUCUAUCCUUGUUAGUCCUGGGGUUUUUUGUUCAUGGCGUCCUGUCCCUUGUUGAAGUAAUUCGUCUCUCUCUCUUUAUCUUUUUGUCUCUCCCCAUCUAUUUCCCUAGGGUUUCCUUUUUUCUUUUAUUUAAUUCUUUUUUGUUUGUUGCCGCGCCGCGAAUUACCGCCUCACUCACCCCCAGCUCAGCUUCCUUUCGCUUGCAGACGUCACUCGCGUCAACUGAGCAGACGUUUCCGGCGCACCCGCACCCAGACCAAGCCGCCCGCAGUAGCAGCAAGCACCAACAGUACAGUACAUACCAGGCACCACCACAGCACAUCAUACCUCCUACAGGAACAGAGUACAGGAGGGUCCCGCCCGCCAGAGCCAAAUUCUGUGCCCAGCCAAAAGUAUACCGACCAUCACCAGCGCUACAAAGAGUUUUUGACUCGCUAGGUGGGCAAGGUGCCUCCGCCUGUGCUCGGCGAAUCGAACCCAAAAAGCCAGGGCUCGGAAAGCGCGCGGAGAUAUUCCCUUUCUGUACGCUGCAGACUUAAAACCCUCUGGUGCACUGCUUUACGGUUCUUCUCUGCUUUUAUUUUUUGUCUCUGUUUCUCUCUCCUCUGCACUCCAUCACACACACAGAAACACACACACCAUGCAGAGCGGCCUCAGCACCCUGUUUCAAAAAGACAGGUCGUUCCCACAGGCUGCUACGGCUGCCAGUGUUAGCGCUGCGACGGUGGCGCCCACCGCCGCUAAAGGUGUCAGCAGCACGACCAGCAGCAGGCCCACCGGAAGCGCAAGGCCGCCCCACGUCUGGAACAGCGCUUGCAGCAGCACCUCAGCAGGUUCGACUAGCGCUGUUGGUAGCGGUGCUCGCAGUGCUGGUACCAGUGCUGCUGCUAGCGGUCGUACACCCGACGCCUGUUCGUCCUCGUCGCCCGCCACCGCCACUGCCACUGCCUCCGCUUCCUCUUCAGGCUCCUCCUCUUCGCACGCUCCGUCGCCCGCAUCUCUCCUCUCCACCUCGCUCACCCUGUCACCAACUUCCACUCCCGCAACACCACCCGCCCAACUAUUCGCAAAACACGCCGUCGCUGACACCACAAACACCGUCUCCCUCCUCUCCACAUCGCACAGCAAACUUCGUCUCGAUCCGGCCGACCUCGAGUUCCAUCUCGAUCACCACCAGGCCCAAGACCCCGUGCACGACGCCUGCAACGACCACUAUAACGAGCAGUUCGACAUUGCUAUGACCGCUGGAGCCAUGGAUCGCUCACGGCAAGAUUCCUUCGUCAGCGCGGGCCCUAAGCCUAUUUCUAUGAAUAAUGCCACCCGUCGCGAAAGCAUCAACAGAAACCGCCGUGAAAGCUUGGCUGGAAGUCUCAUGGGCGGCAUGAGCUGGGGAGGCAUGUCCUUUGGUAGUUUUGUUAGAGACGACAUUAUGAUGCAAGGAAAUUCCCCAUUUGGCGUGCAGCAGUCACCUUCGUUUCACUCGUCUUCAUACCUCCCAAAGUUGGAGGCGAGCUUCAUGCGGGAUUUCACAUGCUGUGGCAAGGUCCUGCCCAACCUUCACGACCUUCUCCAACACUACGAAGAAGCGCAUACCCAACCUAGCCCAAACAAUGCGCGCAAUAAUGCAUUCGGCCCCUUUGGUCAAAUGAACAAUGACCAUAUGCCCAGCUCUCGCACCACGCCGACUCCUGGUCAGGGCAACGGCCAACUCGGCCAGCAGCCUAUGCCUGGACAGAUGGGCAUGCCCCAAGGCGUUGGUCUUGAUGCGCUGCAGAUGAACGCUCUCAGCGGUGGCAUGCACGAUGACAUGGAUGCUGUCGCUGAUAUGGAAAUGGAUGAUGCUAUUGGCAACAUGGAGUUGGAUGACAGCCAACGAAUGACGCAAACUCGCCAGAUGUUCGGCCAGCAGCAACGCCCCCAGCUCAACAUGAACACAUCAGGAUUCCCUCAGGGCCUUCGCACCUCGCAGCCAACAACCCCUGCUGCCGCAUCAUUUGGUAUCCAACACAACCCGACCGUCUCCUCCGUUAACACCCCUACCCUCACCACCCAGCAACAGCAGCAAAUGACCCAAGGCGGCCAGCAGGGCAUGGAUGAUAUGGAUGACGACAUUCCUGGUAUGCCCAUGGGUGGUGGUAAUGCUGCCGACAUGAACGACGGCUUCGACGGCAACGCCGAAAACAACUUUUGCAUCGACGACCCCGGCAAGCACCUGUUCAGCCCCAACGGUACAUUUAACGCUGCUCCCGGAAACCGAACCAUCCAAGCACAGCUCGCUCAGCUUGGCCUCACCCAGGGCCAGUUUGCCGAUCCUGAGACGAACAAGAUCCUGCUCCAGCGCCUGCAGACAAUGAUGAUGCCUGAAGAGCACAAGCCUUUCAAGUGCCCUGUUAUCGGUUGCGAGAAGGCGUACAAGAACCAGAAUGGUCUCAAGUACCACAAGGCUCACGGUCAUCAGACCCAGCAGCUGCACGAAAACGGCGACGGAACAUUCUCCAUUGUAAAUCCCGAGACGAGCGCACCGUACCCCGGAACAAUGGGCAUGGAGAAGGAGAAGCCCUUCAACUGCGAGACGUGCGGAAAGCGCUACAAGAACUUGAACGGUUUGAAAUACCACAAGUCGCACUCCCUGCCUUGCAACCCCGAGUUCAAGAUGCAAGCAAUGGCCGCUGGUCUGAGCUUGCCUGGUAUCACAGAAGAUGCCAUGCCUCAGACUCAAUGAGCUGGUCUCCCAUCAAAGUCACCUCCUUCUCAAUGGAGUGACGACGAUACAACAUUCACGUAUAUGAUCAGACUUGUUGCCAGACUCUUGCAAAAGGCGUGUUGUUCACCCCAGGACACCACCACCUUGAGAGGGCCUGGCAACAUGGCCCUGAGCAGGCUCUCAGCGGACUUGUGAAUAAUUGCUUGCAACUCACUUCUUGGUUUACACAAAAGUUUUUGGCUCUACAGGAUUUCGGUUACCGUUUUGGUACAUUGCUAUGGCGUUGAUUCCCACCCCUUCCCCACAACACUUUGUUGCAGUUUCUCCAUUGGAUUUCCAAUGGCGACUGCCCAAAGUUUAUCAUUCAUUGACUUGACAGGGUAUUCUCAUUGCAGUGUGUUCGCUCCUCCGUCAGCUGCGUGCUUGACACCUUUGGUUCUGGACUACUGCACUGGUUUCCCUACAGCGUUUUGCGUCUCGGCAAUAGCGCGCACGUCGGUGCCUGCGCGCCUCGUCUCUUCAGGAGGCCAGCGUUAAUACCUCUUUGUUUUUGUAUUUCUUUUUUUGCCCAGUUUGACUUUCUAUGUUUGGUUUCAGGUCUCUGGUUUUCAUUUGCUUUUUUUUGUCGUUUUGGUGGGUAGGAGUUUCUGUACUUGAUCUGCACUUGAUAGAGUUCACCACGACAUCAUUGCACACACGUGCCCCGCAUUCUCUACAUCCCAAGAUGCAAGCAUCUGCUUCAUUUUGAGUGGAAGCAGAACGUUUAUAGGAGUCUUAAAAAAAGAAAGUUUGGUUUUAGGGGAUGAGGAAAAGCAUGCGCUCCAUUGGUCGUUAUAUAUGGCCGUUGUGUAGGCAGUAAUACAAAAUGUUUUCAUAU